GGCGCCCACAGGCCUCCAGGCGGGACAUUUCCUGAGCCCCUGAGCCGAGCCAGCUCCCAGCAGGAAGGUGGGGCCGCAUCCAGCACCAUGACGGAACUGGAGACAGCCAUGGGCAUGAUUAUCGACGUCUUUGCCCGCUACGCGGGGGCCGAGGGCAACAAGCAGAGCCUGACCAAGGGGGAGCUGAAGGUGCUCAUGGAGAAGGAGCUUCCGGGCUUCCUGCAGAAUAAAAGGGACCGGGACGCCGUGGACAAACUGCUCAAGGACCUGGACGCCAACGGGGACUCCGAGGUGGACUUCAGCGAGUUCAUCGUGUUUGUGGCCGCCCUCACGACCGCCUGCCACAAAUACUUUGAGCAGUCGGGGCUCCACUGACGCCCUGCAGACCCAGCUCCGCGCAGGGGGCCGGGAUCGCCCCCAGCUUCCAGAACCUUGGGGGCGAUGGCUCCCCUGGAUGACCCCCUGAUCAGUAAAAUGCUUGUGACACGCU